AUGGAUGGCUCAGUUCGGUCAGCACUAGCCUCGCUCCGUGCUGCCUAUCAUGCUCCAGAGGUCCAAACUACGAUCCAAGUCUCAAACCAGUCCGCGCAAGAGCGGCCUGCUCGUCCCGGCACGAUCCACGAGAGCGAGUUUGUUCCUCUACGUGACACACUUAUUCACCAGCUUGAGGUGUCGCUUUUUCACGCUGAACAGGCGCAGAACUUGUUGGGAAUGCUCAUUCAAAACACUCGCACAGAGUCAGCAUCUUCUUCGGCAUCAUCUUCGGUCUUGGCAGCCCAAAGCGAUUACUUUUUGGAUCCGCACGCUCUAUCGCUCAGUUCUCUGGACCGGUCAUGGCAAACAUCCUCUGCUGCGCAAGGUGGUGCUGGAGUUGGUAUCAAUCCUGCCAUCGACGAGGAUGUGGCUAAUGGUGGCAAUAUUGACGAUGGUGAUCAAGCGCCGCCUCGCGAGAAACCAUCUUUGUCUGCGAGAAAACUUGUGCUGCAGGAGAAGCUCUCAUCAUUACGGAGUGCCGCGGCUAUACUUUCUCAAGGUGCAGAAGAAAUUCAAACAUGCCUUCCUACUGAGCGUGACAGAUGGCAUGGCUUGCAGCGGAUUCAGCAACGUGGCUGGAAACUCACGCCUGGUCGUCCGCUGGUCGAUAUGGAGCGAUUUGAUACUACAGCUAAGCAAGAUAUAUUACAUGGAUUCGGUGUGCCAAUUUUGCAGGGAGAUGGGUCGGUGAAGGAAGAGGGUGCACGCGAUGCAUGGAUUGGGUACGGCCCUAGUGAGGCGCCCAUCGCCGUUUUGCAACGGACUCUUGCGUACUGGGCUGACGCACCGCAAGGUGCUGCUGAUACACACAAGCAGCACAACCGCCUUGCAUUCCCAGACCGUGCAUGGCACCGACUGCAAGUGCAGUUCCAUGAACAAUGCACGGAUGGAUCUUCACGCGUAUGGGUCAGUGCCUAUUCCAUGAACAAAAAUAACGCAUGCUCGGAGAAAGAGGUGACAGACAUGGAGACAGACGCUGAUCCAGUCUUGGCUUCGGAUGGACAAACAGACGCAGACGUCGACUUGGAUGCGCAGCUCUAUGAAGCACAACUUGAUGCCGUGGAUACAGAGCUCUUCCGAGAACUGGCCGCUCAGUCUGGUACUCUGUCGCCGGUUCUUUCUCGCUCUAUCUCUGAGGACUGUGUGAGAAUUCCUCUAUCGUCUUCACUCACGUUGUGCUUUGUCAUGGUGCCCUUUUCGAGGACGGAUGCGCCCCAUUGCACAACUGCUAACGAGAAUGACGUGCCUAUGAAGGAGGUGUCGCCCUGGGCGACCAUGCUUUUGCAUGUGCUUCGUCUUCGUAUGCUGCGCGGUUGGACUGUGCAUUUAGCCAACAUGCGCCUCUCACGCGUCACUUCGAUUGCACAGCGACCGCUGGUGCCACGGAGCUUGUUAAUGGCGCCGCUAUGGGAGCUGUAUGAAUAUACCCUAUUUUUGAACCGGCUUCGAGCGGCACUUGAAAAAUCCCUUGCCUGUUUCGCAGAUGCAUGCAUGGUAUGGCAGCCAUUCGGAACUAUGCACGAUGCCCGCAUGUGGAUUGCUUCGUUGUUAGAUCUCACCACAAACGAGCCUACUAAAUCUGGCACGUGUGGCGGCAAUGUAUGGGUGUAUCACCGCUCGGCCAUCGUCGCACAGCUCGCACUUCGUGCUCCAAGCUACAUCAUGGCUUAUUUUCCACAGCAUCCGACGCCCGGUGGUGUGGGAAUUCGAAUGCCGGUGGAACUGGAGUCUCUUGUGCCGUUUCUCGAGUCAGAGUUGGCCACUGCUGACAAGGCCAUUCUAGCAAAUUCGGCCUCGCCAGCGCCAGCGCCAGCGCCCGGGCCUACAUAG